AUGUGUUCUAAUAGUCCUAAAAUCAUGGUUUUCAGACCAUCGUUGAGUGAAUUUAAACAUUUUACUAGGUAUAUUGAGCUAAUGGAAUCAGAAGGAGCUCAUAAGGCUGGUGUUGCGAAAAUUAUCCCACCAUCCGAAUGGACACCCCGAAGAAAGAGCUACGAUGAAGAUGAUAUAAUGAGUUUGAAAAUUCCAAAUCCAAUAUACCAAAAUGUUCAGGGCGAUGAAGGAAUAUAUCAACAAUUUAGACGACAAAAGAAAACCAUGACAGUCAGGAAAUUUAAAAACCUGGCAGAGUCAGAAGAAUACAAAACUCCAGAACAUACUGACUAUAAAGACCUGGAAAGAAUAUAUUGGGAGAACAUUGUUUGCCACACUCCAAUAUAUGGGGCCGAUGUAACUGGGUCACUUACUGACAAAGAUGUGAAAGCUUGGAAUAUGAAUAGGCUGGACACGAUACUGGACGUUAUGAAUGAUAUGACCAUCGAAGGUGUGAAUACACCUUAUUUAUAUUUCGGAAUGUGGAAAUCCACAUUCGCGUGGCAUACUGAAGACAUGGAUUUAUACAGUCUUAACUACGUGCAUGUUGGAUAUCCAAAGACAUGGUAUGCAAUACCUCCACAAUAUGGACAACAAUUUGAAAAAUUGAUUGAUCAGAUAUACCCAACCGAAACAUCAAGUUGCCCUGCAUAUCUUCGGCACAAAACGAUUGUUUUAGCCCCUGAAAUUUUAAAAAAGCAUUCAAUACCAUUCAACACAAUCACUCAAGAACCAGGGGAAUUCGUGGUUACAUUCCCGUAUGGCUACCAUGCCGGUUUUAACCAGGGAUAUAACAUUGCAGAGGCAAUAAACUUCUCAACACCACGUUGGGUGGAGUAUGGAAAAAAAACGAAAUUUUGCCGAUGCUUCGGAGAUCCAAUCAAAAUAAAUAUGGAUGUAUUUAUAAAACGUACCCAAUCAGAUAUGUACCCAUUAUGGCUGAAAAGGAAAGGAGAAAAAAGUGUCAAAAAAAAAAAAUGUAUGUUCAAUGAUUCUCAUAAUGAUAAAAUAUUAAAACUUGUCCUAUAUCGGAUACACCCGUAUAAAAUUGUUAAUUAUUUAGACUAA